CCGAACGACGGGGAAUGUCAUUCUAUCCAGCUCGAUACGGGCAGGAUCAGCAGCAUGCAGGAACUAGCGAGAGCGUGCGAGCUUACCGGCAGCAGUGGCCAAGACGACUUGGUGCCCGUAGCUCCCGCCACCAGCCACCUGGAGCAGCUGCUGCCCACCAUCAAGCUGGAGCACCACGACCUGGAGUGUUGGCUUCCCACGCCGGAGCACGCGCAUCAACGAUUAGACCUCAACAGCACCCACUUGCUCCUACAGGGCUCAGACGAUCCCCUGAUCUCGCAUGGCGCCUCUAAUGACGCGCACGACGAGGACCACCUCAAGACGCUGAUGGCGCGCAAGAGAAUCGUCUCUGGGCAGCCCCAUAACGGCACAUGCAGCCAGCUGACCAAGCAGCAGCUGAAGGCCAAUCUUCUGAUGGGCAACCGCAAGUCGAAUAAACAACUAACGUGCCCGGAAGAGCCCUCGACUCCGUCCUUACAAAAGACACAGAAGCCGAACCAAAGCCAGGCGCCGAACAGGUCUCGGAAGCGGAACAACUCCACGGGGGCCAUGAAACUGCGUUUCCAUCACCAGGCCCUGCCCGCAGAAUAUGCCGCCCACUACGAAGCCACCCAGUCCCGUCAGCAGCAGCGGCCAGUGCUCCCACAGCCACCUCCUCCACCCAGUCAGUCCCAUGAGAACGUACGCAGCUGGCUGCGGAAAAUCGCAGAAAUCCAGCGCAGUGCCGAACGCCAGCAGCAGAAGCUGCCGCCACAGGCUCCUCGAUCAGGACCACCGCCCUCGAGAGUGUCACCCUUCCCGCCGGUAACUUCGACAAAGAGCUCCGAGCUAACCGCAAACCCGAAGCGGAACUCUCUCAAGUACGCCGACCUGCCCUACAUGGGGGAAAUCACUCUGGAUAACUAUAAGCCACGGCGCGGACGGAAGCCCAAGAAAGCGGAUAUCUGCCACUUGAUAUACAAAAAUUAUGGCACUAUUGUUCCGGCUAAUGUGGCGGCGAUGCCAAUGAGCGCCGCUCCGCCAACGUCCACUGCCACGAUCGUUUUGCCUGCAGAGGAGCCUCUGAACCUCUGCCUGCGGGACCAAAGCGGAGAUCGGUAUUCCAUCUCCAGCGGCGACAGCGAAAAGCCCACCACCACGACUGCGACGGACUGUGGCCUCUCCUCCCACCGGACAUCACCUUUGGAUGUAGUGAAGCCGUUGACCCUCGAACUGGCUGAGAGCGAGAAGCCUCCCAUGUCCACCGCCAAGUUACUUUUCCAACCUGUGGGCCUCUACUAUCAGCAGCUGGUGGAGUCAUGCAGCCUUGGCGGAGUUACCCUGCCCUUGGAGACCAUAGAGAAGGACAAUCAGCUUUCUCUUAAGAUUCCCAUACCAAGCGGGUUCUUUGCCAAUGAGGCCACGCCGUUAACGAUGCGUAAAAGAAAGCGCUCCGCCAUAUUUAUCCCGCCCGUGCCUGCCGAACACUCGGCCAGCCCUCCCACUGAAGUCAGCAUCUGCAAGUUUAAGUUCACGGGCGGAGCCAAGCCCACAUUGCAGGAAAAGAAAAUGCUGUCGGUGGACGCGGAGGGCAACUACCGCUACUACAACGGCACCGGAGACAAGACCAUGCGGGGCUAUGAGUUCAUCUCCCGGGACCAACAGCAGCAUCUGCAGCAGCAUCAGCUUCAGGGCCAGGAGAAACUGUUCCUGGACAUACCACCACCGUCGACGGACCUGAGUUUGGAGCAAUUACACAUACCCCCGGAGUCGCCGACAUCAUCGAUGCUCCUGCCGAGCAGCAACCACUUGGCACCCGCCGUGGCACCGCACAGUCCAGUCUCGCCGCACUCCAGCUCACAAAGUCCGAUGCCAGGUGCGGUUUGUCCAGGUCAGCUACCGGGUCAGCUACCGGAUCAGCUACCCUCCACGGAGAGCGAGCGCAAGAGACGAUUGUCGCGCCGUUCGAAGCAGCGAGAGAAGCUUGAGAAGACCUUCAAGGAGAAGGGCUUCCUAAUCCAGACCCAGCAGCUACAGUCCGCGGAGGGAGCCACCUACUGCAAGUUCAGACAGUUGAAGAAGUUCACACGCUACCUUUUCCGGAACUGGAAGGACCACAUACCUGAGAGCGAUUUGGCCAAGCACCAUGGCGGUGGUCGGGAAAAGAGUGAGGCUGUCGGCAACCUAUUGAGUCAAGAGAGCCAGUCCGCCGGCCAGGCCAUGUGAGGCUCCUUGGAGACACAAAGCACUGCCAAAGAUUUAGUUUAAGAUCAGACAUGGUUGUGAUGGGGUGGAGAAGAGCAAGCCAUGCCAAUUCCGUCCAUGUAGGCUGCCCAACAACGCGAUCAAUGAUUUUCAGCCACGUUUCCUAGUCGUUCAUCAGUUCUUUAGUGCCUAAUAAAGUGUUUUUCCUAACAA